UUUUAUGGGAAGCAGCUUCAUACCAAAGCAAAAGAAACUUGGGAUCAGCUUCUCCAUCCUAUUGCCAUUCCGGGACCUUCGGUUUCUGUACUCCACCGAAAGCGUUGUCCUUCGCCUGUCAUUUUCCAAGAUAUUAUCCACCUCUCUCCAUGGCGGUCUCGUGUGCUUACAGCUGAAGCUCUCAACUUUCUCCGCCACAUCGAUAGUCUUGUUCAAAUCAUUCUUCUCCAUGUUGCUUUUUUCCCUUUUUUUGCUGGCUCUGUAGAAGUUCAGAUCUGUGGGGCGAUUUGGGUCUGCCCAUUUGAAGAAGUAAGUUCAGUCAUCCCCAGAAGGAAAAAGUUGCAGGCGGGGGUGUCUCAUCUUUCCCACAAUGUUGGGCCCGACAGGUUAGAGUCGAAGAGAUGGAAUUCGGACCAAUGCCCGUUUGGGCUUUGAUGACAGACUUCACUUCAAAGUGAGGCCUUUUUGAUAAGAAUCGUCAUCCUGGGUAUGUAGAGUUUUGUGCAUUGGGGAGAUAAUUUUUGAAAUUUUCUCAAUCACUGGAGUUUUGUGAAUCUUUCUUGUGCUGCUGAACAUCAUCGUUGUUGGGUCACUCCGUUCGGUUUUUUUGGAUUUGAGAGAUUGUUGCUAGUGGGUUUUUGAGGGAAUGCAGAUGGGAAAGUUAGCAACUUUGGUCUUGCUAUAUGUAGUGUCCUUUUGUUCAAUGGUUGGAACUGGUGAAGUCCAGUUGAAGACUGUCCUGAUAAAUUGUGGCACAAAUUCUAGUUUUGAUGUGGAUGGCAGGAGAUGGGUUGGUGACUUGGCUGCUAACAAUAAUCUUACCCUUAGUUCAGCUGCGGCGGCGGACACCACCGCAGCGCUGAGCAGGAAUACUUCUUUAGGUCCACUCUACGGAUCUGCCCGUAUUUUCACAGGUGGAUUGAACUAUACCUUUCAAGGAGUUCAAGGGGACUAUUUUGUUCGGCUUCAUUUGUGCCCAUUCACCUUCGAUCAUUAUAAUGCAAACGGAUCUGAGUUCAGCGUUGCAGCGAACGGUUUGGAACUGCUGUCGCAAUACAGUGUUCCGGGUGAUAUCGCAACCAAGAACCCGGACUUGCUGAGUUCGGAAAGCAAUGGUUCGUCCUAUCUGAUCAAAGAGUUUUUCCUCUCCAUCAGUUCGAACGAGCUCGUCAUCGAGUUUCUUCCAUCAAAAGGGUCAUUCGGGUUCAUAAAUGGACUAGAACUGGUGGUUUCAGAGGAUGACCUAUUUGCGGGUGCAAUCACUAAAGUCGGAGGGAAUAUUGUGAAUCUGAAUCUGAGCGGACGAGGUAUGGAAACAAUGUACAGGUUGAAUGUUGGGGGGUCUCAGAUCAAACCCAGUCAAGAUCCGGAUCUCUGGAGGACAUGGGAGGUUGAUACUAGCUACAUGACCAAUGUCGAUGCUGGCUCUCAAAUGAAAAACGAUUCCAAUAUCACUUAUGCUUCUUCGAAUGACUCUUCCGCAGCUCCCCUUCUUGUGUAUGAAACAGCAAGAACUAUGUCCAACACCCAAGUUCUUGAGAAGAGGUUCAAUAUGUCGUGGAAACUUGCGGUGGAUCCGGGUUUUGAGUACCUGGUCCGGUUACAUUUCUGCGAGCUGCUCUUUGGACAGCCUAACCAGAGAAACUUCAGAAUCUACGUGAACAACAGGACUGCGGCCGAUAACUUUGAUAUCUACGCCCGAGCCGGAGGGAAGAACAAAGCAUAUCACCAGGACUAUUUGGAUGCAGUGUCGUCAAACACGUUGUGGAUUCAGCUCGGGCCUGACACGGCCACUGGUGCAUCCGGAACUGAUGCUCUCUUAAACGGUCUGGAGAUAUAUAAGCUGAGCCGAAAUGGAAAUCUUGCCUAUGUAGGAACAUUCAAUUCAGCUGAAAACAAGACAAACAACCCGAAAGCUCGUGUUCUCUUGGUUGGAAUUGGAGCUGGUAUAGGCUCUGUACUGAUCCUUGCAUUAGUAGCUACCGUCAUCUUCCUUCUGAGGAAAAGGCGGAGAAGUGAGAUCGGAAGUAAAAAUAACGCUCCUGGGUGGCGGCCGCUCUUCCUUCAUGGGGCCAUAUUGAAUACAACCACUAAUGCCAAGGAAGCAGCGGGAACCAAGAAACAGAAUGGGUCUGUGGCCUCGAUGAGAAUGGGGAAGCGAUUUACAGUAGCAGAAAUUAGAGCAGCAACAAAGAAUUUCGAUGAGAAAAUGGUCAUCGGAGUAGGGGGCUUCGGAAAGGUGUACAGAGGCAAAAUUGAAGAUGGCACGCUCGCCGCCAUUAAGCGUGCCCAUCCUCAGUCGCAGCAAGGCCUCACCGAGUUCGAGACGGAGAUCGAGAUGCUUUCGAAACUGAGGCAUAGGCAUCUGGUCUCCAUGAUUGGGUUCUGCGAAGAACAAAACGAGAUGAUUUUGGUGUACGAGUAUAUGGCCAACGGAACUCUGAGAAGCCAUCUCUUUGGCAGUGCUCUUCCACCGUUGAGUUGGAGGCAGCGACUGGAGGUCUGCAUAGGAGCUGCUCGAGGACUGCAUUACCUCCAUACUGGAGCCGACCGAGGAAUAAUCCAUAGGGAUGUCAAGACAACUAACAUUCUACUCGACGAAAAAUUCGUGGCGAAGAUGUCCGAUUUCGGAUUGUCCAAAAUAGGUCCUGCCCUGGAACAUACCCAUGUCAGCACUGCAGUGAAAGGGAGCUUCGGAUAUCUCGAUCCUGAAUACUUUCGGCGACAGCAAUUGACACAAAAGUCCGACGUAUACUCUUUCGGCGUCGUUCUAUUUGAAGUCAUCUGUGCUCGGGCUGUCAUAAAUCCAAGCUUACCAAAGGAUCAGAUAAAUCUUGCGGAAUGGGCUUUACGAUGGCAACGGCAGAGAUCGCUGGAUACCAUCAUUGAUCCACGUCUCAUUGGACAAUAUUCAUCAGAGUCGAUGAAGAAGUUUGGGGAGAUAGCAGAGAAGUGUCUUGCUGACGAGGGGAGGAGCCGACCGACCAUGGGAGAGGUUCUGUGGCACUUGGAGUACGUCUUGCAAAUCCACGAGGCUUGGUCUCGAGCAAAUGACAAAGAAAGUUCAUCCCUCACUGUCGAGAGUUUGAAAGAUUGCCAAGCGGGAGGAGCGGAGGAGAGGCAAAACCCUCUGUUUACGGACCCAGAUUUGGCAAUUAGCAUGAGACAAAGAGGGAAACGGUGAAUCUGCAGCCAGAGAUGAAUAAAGAGUGGGAGUUCAUCAGCCUGAUAUUUUAUGAGAUCUCAGGGGAGAGAACACACGGUACACGGCUAGCAAGGGGUACAGACUGCGCAUUUUAUAUUCUUUUAUAUGUUCUUCCUAAUUCAUUCCCAUUCGUUUCAUUCAAUUUCGGGCUACCUGUAAGGCUCAUAAUUGCUCUAAGAAUCCUCAGGGGUUCCAGUCGUAAGAAAA